UCAUUUUGCGAUUCUGGUUUGUGCUGUGAAAAUCGUGUUCCAUUACCACUAUAGUCGUGAAACUUUUGCAACUGUGCUAUUGAAUUUUCGAAGUAAAUGUCAAAGUUGAGGAAAACGUAAACAAAACAUGUCGGGAAUAAUUAUUUUAUUAGAAUUAUCGCAAAGAAUUCGAGGCGAGCAAAGAGAUAAUUUGAGAGUGCUCCGGCGCAGACUUCGCGACGACCAAAAUCCCUUUGAGAUUAUAACAGACGAGCAUUUCAUUGAUUUAUAUCGGUUCCCUAAAGCUUUGUGCCUGGAAUUAAUUAAUGAAUUAAUGCCAUUUAUGCCGAACUCGCAACGGAGACAUGCUGUUCCGAGUCUUGUAAUUAUUUUAAGCGCCCUGCGUUUUUUUGCCACUGGUAGCUUUCAAAGAAGUGUGGGGCAAGACAGUUUAUCUGCUUUAUCCCAAACAUCAGUCAGCAGAUGUGUGCAAGUGGUGGCAACUGCACUUAAUAACAUAGCCCACAGACAUAUAAAGAUCCCAAAACGCGAAGACUUCCCGGCGCUCAAAAUAAAAUUCAUGGAAAAAUACCAAUUUCCUGGAAUAAUCGGACUCAUAGACGGAACGCACAUCAAAAUAUCAGCCCCGAAGAAAGAAAUUGAGCAUGUUUACUAUUGCCGAAAGGGUGGGCACUCCAAGAUUUGCCGCUAUGGAGAUAUCUUACGAGGUUAUAAGUGAUGGUCAAAAUUGCGGUAGCCAAGCAUACGAACCAAAUAUUCGCUUUGGUUUUUAGAAAGCUAACUUUAAAAAGCUCAAGAAAGAACUGUCUAAAAUGUCGUGGCAUGCAUAUAAAGAAUAUAUUGAACAAAGCGUUGCACUUUGUAACUUUACUUUACAUAAAUUAUUUAAAAAGCAUGUGCCUA